AUGAGGCCGCGAAUCCUACACUUUCUCGUCCUUUGUGCUCUCUUCCUCUUGGUCGCCGCCUGGUCCAAAGAAGACUAUGAAAUAUUCAAGUUGCGGGACGAAAUUGAAGCUGCCGAGGGACCCGAUGUGUCCUUUUACGAUUUCCUAGGCGUCAAAUCUUCCGCCACGGUGGAGGAAAUCGGCAAAGCAUUUCGGAAAAAGUCGCGUGCCCUACACCCAGACAAGGUCAAACAUUCCUUUAUAGCCUCACGUUCAACCCCUAAACCCAAGAAGUCUGGUGGAAAGAAGAAAGCUGGGGUUCAUGUGUCGAAGGGCCCAUCCGAGCGAGAAAUUCAACGAGUUGUCAAGCAGGCAGGCGAAAGAUACAGCCGAUUGAGUGUGAUAGCCAACAUUUUGAAGGGACCACAAAGAGAACGAUAUGAUUUCUUCUUACAACACGGUUUUCCAAAAUGGAGGGGAACAGGAUAUUAUUAUUCGCGAUUCAGACCAGGACUGGGUACAGUUUUGAUUGGCCUAUUUCUAGUCGGCGGCGGCGGAGCCCACUAUUUCGCUCUGAUCACUGGAUACAAGCGACAGCGUGAUUUCAUGGAAAGAUACGUCAAACAUGCCAGAAAAAAUGCUUGGGGUGAUGAGUCUGGUAUCAGAGGCAUUCCCGGACUGGGUGGACCGAUAGACGUCCCUCCUACGAUCGAAGAACCGAAUCCUAUGGCAAACUUGAACCGACGCCAAAAGAGAGAGCUGGAACGGCAAAAUAGAAAAGACAAGUCGGGGAAAAGCAAACCAGCAAAACCCGCUCCUGUACAAGCAUCUUCCCCUACGGGUGACAAACGACGUGUGACUGCAGAAAAUGGCAAGAUUCUUAUUGUCGACUCGAUAGGGAACGUCUUCCUUGAAGAAGAGGAUGAAGAUGGAAAUGUCCAAGAAUUUCUUCUCGAUCCGGAUGAGAUUCCCAAGCCCACGAUUCGGGACACGGCGCUUGUCCGUCUCCCGCUAUGGGUCUUUCACAAAGCCUUUGGCCGCUUUCUCAAAAACACUGAGCCGAGUUCCAUUGAUGACGACGCUGCUCAGGAAAGCGAGGAAGGGUCUGGAGCUAUUCAGCCCACUGCCAUUCCCGAAAAGGUGACGGUGCCGGACAUGAGCUCGAGCCAGGACUCUGGAUUUGAAAUUGUCGAUUCUACAGGCAUAGAAAAAGAGAUAGAGAAGGUGUCGGCUGCGGCAAGCGUCAAGAAGAGGAGUAAGAAAGGGAAAAAAUGA